AUGAGCGUGUCCGACCACAAGCAAGAGGUUGAGGACACCAUCGGCCGAAUGAAGCCUUCCACCUGCUCCUUGGACCCCCUUCCCACAGCCCUGGUCAAACUGCACAUCAAAGCCAUAAGCCCCUUGAUCACAGAAGCCAUUAACCACUCCCUACAGUCCGGCCACGUCCCACCAGCUCUGAAAAUGGCCAUUAUCACUCCCCUUCUCAAAAAACCCACCCUAGACCCGGAACUUCAUGCAAACUACAGACCCAUCUCCAACCUCCCGUUCCUCUCCAAGGUCCUGGAGAGAAUAGUCGCCACCCAGCUACAACAUCACCUGAACAGCAAUAACCUUGCCGAAAAAUUUCAGUCCGCACAGUCACCCUCAUCCACACUCACCAUCUGCCUGGAGGAGAUCAAGGCAUGGAUGAAACAACACUUCCUGCAGUUGAACAGCGGCAAAACAGAAGCCAUCCUCAUCGGCACCCCACACCAGGUCAACUCAUCCCCCAUUACAUGCAUCACCUUUUCUGGCCAGGCUAUCCCACUGUCAUCGGUCAACACCAACCUGGGUGUCAGAAUGGACCCCCACCUCAACUACGAGGCCCACAUCAAACACCUCUGUAAAACAUCCUUCUUCCACCUCAAAAACAUAGCCAAACUCCGCCCCACCCUGUCUCUGCAGGAUGCUGAAAAAUUAGUCCACGCCUUCGUCUCCUCCAGGCUCGACUACUGCAACGCACUUCUCAUCGGGAUUCCAAGCAAGAGCCUUCAAAAGCUUCAAUACAUCCAGAACAGUGCUGCUAGGAUCCUGAUGAGAGUGCGCAAACAUGAUCACAUCACUCCCAUCCUCCACUCACUACACUGGCUCCCCAUCUCCUCCCGUACAGAAUUUAAAAUCUCCCUGCUGACCUACCAAUGCGUCCAUGGCAACGCACCCCCCUACCUCAAGGAGCUGGUCAAGACUCAGCCCCCCACCCGCAGUCUCCGCUCAUCAAACACUUACCUCCUCAAACCCACCAGGACUAAGCUGGUCACUAUGGGAGGCCGGGCCUUCUGUUCUGUCGCCCCUGAACUGUGGAAUGCCCUCCCUGCCCACCUAAGAGCACCACAGUCAGUCGACUCUUUCAAGAGCGGUCUUAAGACCCACCUAUUUGGAAGAGCCUACCCACAUUUUUAG